GAAUGUCCCAUAUUAUUUGAGAAGUUCAACAAGUAGAGUCGCGAUAAUGGCGUCCGUUCAAGAAUCAUCAACAGCCUUCAUGGCUUUGGCGAAUCAGAAUGACAUUUUAUGGAAAGAAGCAUACGAAAAACUUAAGCACGAAGAUUCAGAUUUAUGGGAAAGACUACAGUCAAUCAUAAACAAGGAUUCCAAUGUCAAAAACAAUGUGGGGCAAGAACAGCAGCUUGGAGACUUACUUUUCAGAAAGCGUCGUAUAAUGGAGGACAAGCAAUGGGUAUUAUAUUGGCGCAAGAAAGCAAUAAAAAUUGGACCGCAGUUUGACAAAAUUGUCAAAAUUUUCAAAUUAAUCAAGCCAGUUGGGGACACAGCCGCUGGACUUGACCCCGUUCAUGCAGGAAUUCCAUGGGCCUGCGUAUCAAUUUUACUGCCGCUCAUUUUGAGCCAUUCCGAAGAACAGGAGGCGGCAUUAAAUGGGCUACAAAAAGUUGUAGAGAUUGUCCAACAAUUUACGUCCUUCAGGUGGGACUAUCUCAAUCUCUCACAAGGCAAACCGGAGAAGCAACUGAAGGAAUCGAUUUUGACUCUUUACUGGAAGAUACUUCGGUAUGAGGCGACUGCCAUCAACAAUUUCAGCAGACACACAAUUGCAAGAUACGCUGCAUCGAUUGUCGGGAAAGAUGAGUGGAAAAAGUUGCUCGGCGAGGUCGAAGAUUACAAGAAUAAUUUCAUGAGCAAUUUACAACUAAAUGACUCACAAAACCAAAAACGUUUUGAGAACGAACUACGAGAGCUGAUUCUACAACUAGACAGAACUGAUGACAAAAAUCUUGAAGUCAUUCAAUGGGUAUCUGAUAAGCCAUACAUUUCGCAGCAUUACACUGCCCGACAAUUACUUUCGCAAUACCCACAUGCCGGAGAAUGGAUUAUCGAGAAAUACAAUAAAUGGUUGCACCAAAAUGAAGCGCCUGCAUUUUGGCUGCGAGGGACUAUUGGAACUGGAAAAACGUCAAUCAUGUCUACCAUCAUUGAAUCGUUUUAUUCUGAUGUAGCUAGACAAGAUGAUCAGCGAAUGAUUUAUUUCUAUUGCAUCUCACCAACAACAUCAGAUGAUGUUAUCAGAAGUCUAGUAUCCCAGCUAGCAUGGACUUUAGAUGGUAACGCAAUAGAAACUAGCAUUCUUGCCAUGUUUAAUGAUGCAAAACCACCAAAUGCUACUAUACCGAUAACCGAGGAUUGGUCGGCCGCGCUUCUAAAAUUGUGUCAACGAGUUAGUAAGGUUAUCAUCGUUAUAGAUGCCCUUGACGAAUGCUUUGAUUUCAGCAAGCUUCUAGCAACAUUGAGAAGGCUCCAAAUCAAGCAGCUUGAUGGUGUCAAGUUUGUUUUCUCGAGUCGAUUGAAUGUCGAUGUGGAAAAAGUCUUCACUGGAUCGGAGGGUGUUACUUUAGCCACCGAAGAUACUUCAAAGGAUAUGUCCAUCUACAUUGAGAAUGAAGUGAGAUCCAAAGAAGAAGAUAUUGAAUGCUGGGACGAAGCGACUAAGAGACAGUUUAUGAAUCGGAUAGUACUAGUUCUAGCAAAUUUCGCCGGUGGAAUGUAGGUCGCAUGCCUAUGCAACGCGCCCAAAGGAACUGACGGAGUCUUAGGUUCAAAUGGGUCACCUUGCAACUUGCAAUAAUGUUUCCGAUCGAAACUCAAACAUUUCUACCCGAAAAUAUUGAGAUUCAACUAUUGAAUAUCAUAAAUCGGAACACUUCCUUAGAGCAAUCCUUGAACGGUGCAUAUGAAACGGUAUAUUCGAUGAAUACCAAGCCAGGGGCUUACAACACUAGCGUCUUCAAAUCAAUUUGCAAGUGGCUAUUGUGCUGCAAAGCCGCACUGCCCCCAGAAGAGGUCCUUAAAGUGAUUGAGCUGUCGCUUGAUCAUGAUCCUAAACUUCAGAGAAUAACUCGAAGCCCUUUGAGCACUAAAGUUGUGCUGCAUUGCUGUAGCAACUUCGUUAUUCAAAGUUCGGAAGGCAAUUUUCGAUUCGCUCACUUAUCGGUCGAGGAGUAUCUUACUGAUCAUUGCUCUGUGAAACUUGAAUUCCAAUAUGAAGAAUGUCACCUUUUCGUGAUGAAGAUCUGCCUAGCUUUCAUGGAGCAAAAAAGAAUCGAUUCAGUUGCAAAACUAUGGCACAAGAAAGCUUUAAAGGCUGCUGUGAGAAGUCGGGUCAGGAGCUUGAAGCUGGAGGUUUUUACUUCCCAAGAAUAUUCUAUCUCUUAUUGGGCAUAUCAUGCCGAAAAAUCUAUCCCGGAAAGAAGAUGCAGAGAACCUCUUUAUAAAAGUUUUGCCCUUGGCACCAAGCUGAGUCCUUCAUUACAGUGGUGGUUCUGUCAAAUCGACGCUCAUAACUACUCAGGAAGCGUGAUGAACCAGAUCAUGGAGAUUGCGGACGAAUUGUUGGGCAGCCUUCCGCGAUCAGAUCAAUAUCCGUCCAAGAGUCGUCUUAGAAUUCUGGGAGCAGCCUUCAAUCUUCCUGAGAUUCUGGAGAACGGGCUCAAAAACUAUAAGGAAGAAAUCGAUGCGCCGUUACGUACUGGACUCACCCCGCUUCUUGUGGCAAUUAGGCAUGGCAGCCCUGAUUCAGUGAAGUAUCUUCUGGAUCGCGAAGCUAAUCCUACCCUAACAUCCGUCGCUCAUAGACACCACAUAAGAUAUGGCAAUAUGGGCAGGCCGAUCGCUGAUGAAGAUAUGGUGUACUGGGUGACUGGAAAGGGUGGCAAUUCUCAAGAAGAACUUGAAGGGCGUUUGCAGGUAGAAAAUGUUCUUUUAAAUCACGAGAAGAGUAGAGAUCAUUUUCUCAAUCAACUCGAGAAGCAUUUGAGGAUCGACGCCCAUCCUAAUCCAUCACGAGCCUUGAAGAUUCUUUAUAGAGCUUCCAACGAGGUACCAAUAUCCGCGAGGAUUUUCAAGUACAGAAUCAAAGCUAGAGGUCUGGGUGAGAUGGCUCAAUUUCUGGACCUUAUGGAUGAAGAGACUUUUGAUGAAGAAAUGGUAGCGGAUAUUGUUCGUCAUGAUUCUUGGGAAACCACUAAGAAUUUCUUUGAAUUUAAACACGUUGACUCGAUCACGGAGAAAAUAGUUAGGAGUGCCCUGAGAAGCUCCAAGACCCUCGCAUACCUUAUGAACCAAUUCGAUCAUAGUGUCCUAACACGAGAAAUAGUCAUUGACGAAAAGCCCCAAUGGGCAGGAUUGUGGAAAGUGAUUCUCGAUGUGAAGGGAAAUCAAUUUGUCAACCAGGAAGUUUUUGACUCAUUAUUUCAAGAGUCGGCAAGCACCAGAAAUCUCACGUUCAUCCUGGACUCUUGCGGCACUGAAAUGAUCAGGAGUUCUCAUGUAGAGGUUAUAGCCGGUUCACCGUUAUAUACUCUUGAGGCUUUGAAUGCUAUUCUUCGCAUAAGAGGAUCUUUGGAUGGCUUGAUCACAGAGCAAGCGGUUGUUACCGCUUUGCAAAAUGACAACUAUGAUGUAGCGGUAUUUUUGAUGGAGAAAUCAGAGAACGUUCAGUCGUUGUUGACCAAACGGGUCGAAGAAGCUGCGAGGCAUGGCGGGGAAGCUGGGAUACUGUUUCUUGAAAAAUUUGCCAAGAAUACUUAUGAUUAAUGAUUCGGUUGGAAGUUCUGCAAAUUGUACAAAUUGGAGCUGUUCAAAAAAAAACAGGACCACUUUGCUAGUAAUUUUAUUUAUGGAAGGGAGUUGGAUGAAUUUGAAAUUACACACGCUUACAGUUAAUAUCUCAGCCCUCAAGCAGGAGGUCCGAACAGUUCAAAUCUUUGAAAGUUUGGAAUUAUUUGAAAUUCUGAAAUUAUUACAAAUAUCGAGAUGAUUUUGAUUGCUCCGGGUUCAAAUUGGUUCAUGUAUGGAAUUGACAAUAGCACUUCCAGAAUCUCAAGGUUACAUUCUCAAAUUGAACUACAGUCCAGACUAUCGGAAACACUUUUCACAAGUUUCUGUGCGUCAAUAACUUAGCCCGUUUACAUGACACGAGCGUUACUUCCUUUAUAAUUGAGCAUUAGAUUGUACGCUACGCCUCUAAUUCUGUAUUAACACUCUAUUAAUAAACUUCA